UUUAACAGAAAUUUCAUUUAAAUUUGACUGUUAAAUUAGUUCAAAACUGUUUACGGUGUUGGGGGGUAAAUUUGGAGAAAAAGGACUAUCCCGAAGUAGGGUUUUGCGAUGUUUAAUGCUGGCGAAAAGCUCAUGGAUAUUUAGAUAUCUGCUGCAGACGCUAGGAACGCUGUUAGCAACCAGAAGCGAAUUAUGGACAUACUCCCAUUACAGUCCGGAGAUUAUCAUCAUCUCUUCCCUGAAUUUAAGAAACUCUUGGGAGGGACGCAUUUCACAAUCAUCGAAGAACUGAAAGGGAUUAAGCUGUCUUCUGAUAACGGCGACAGACUUCUACGACUCAGGCAUAAACAAGAUGAUACACCGCAAGCAAAAAUGCAUUGAUUUGAACGAUAAUUAUGUCGAAAAACAGAGGAAAGUGUAAGCUUUCCAAACAUGUAUGAUUUAAUGCUAAUAAAAAUGUUUUUCAUUAUGAAAAUUUCCUGGGAACCUUAUUUUAUGAACAAGCCUGGUAUAAGCCUAAAGUGACGUGCUUGCAUUUCUAGUUCGGAAGAAAAUCAAGAGUAUAAUAGAUGUCAAUGUCAAAAGGAAAUUGAUAUCAAGUAAUAAAGUAUAUUUCGAUGUUAAAUCGAUAAUAAUUUGAAACAUAUCCAGCUCAGAAAUCCGGUUCAGAAGUCCCUAUCAGGAAGCAAUCUUGUUCCAACUACCAAGAAGAGUAUAACAAUUCAAUGUCAAGCACCUGUAUCUCGUACUACACAUUCCGCUUUUCCAUCGGGUAUUUCCCAUAACGACAAGAUUUCUUCAAGUUUAUUAGCUAUAUUUUCUCAGUUGUAGUCAUUGAACAACUUCAGAACAAGUAUCAGACCAAAAAUCGCAGAUAAAAGAAGCGAAGUACGAGGGAUACUUUAAAUCAUAAGUCUCACAAAUCCAACCUUUUCCCCAAAAUUAAAUGAAUGCCUUAUGGAAAAACUGGAAGAAGAGAAGGGAAAGUGGUGUUGUUACAGCACGGUCUCUUUUUAGCUGCCAGUGAUUACGUGCUUUUUGGACCCCAACAAGGUUUAGCUUAUAUACUAGCUGAUAAUGGUUACGAUGUUUGGAUGAUGAAUUGCAGAGGAAAUAUUUAUUCAAGAAACCACACGACAUUUGAUCCAGAUAAGGAUAAAGACUUUUGGAUGUACAGUUGGCACGAAAUAGGCAUUUAUGAUAUACCUGCAACUAUUGAUUUCGUUCUUGCAAAAACCGGAAAUGAAAGUCUGUACCACAUUGGACAUUCUCAAGGUACCACAGCUUUUUAUGUAAUGGCGUCAAUAAAACAGAAUUAUAACGAUAAAAUAAAACAUCAUAUUAGUUUGGGACCAACUGCGUUUAUGAAACACUUGUACAGUCCUAUAAUGAGACUAAUAGCUCCAACUUCGGCUCUCACGGUUGCAAGUUUGGAACAGCUUGGUCAAUAUGAAUUUAUGCCUACUAAAGGAUUGAUGAGGGACAUAUCGUCGGGAAUGUGUUCAGAAAGUGUGGGAACGGUUGUUUGCAAGAACUUCAUGUUUCUAUUAGCCGGCUACAGCCCCCAUCAAAUUAAUGCUUCAGCAAUUCCUCUAAUCGCAGGCCAUUAUCCAGCUGGUGCAUCUACAAGACAAGUCCUGCACUACUGCCAAGAAUACAAUUCUGGAAAAUUCGCUCAAUACGAUUUCGGUUUAAUGAAGAACCUCGUGACUUAUCUAAGUCCGACGCCUCCGGAUUACGACUUAUCUGAAAUUUCUACCCCUAUCUCACUUAUAUACAGUUCUAACGAUUGGUUGUCCGCUACAGUUGAUGUAGAUAAACUAGCGGAAAGGUUACCGAAUCUUCAAAUUAAAUAUUUGGUACCAAUUCCUACUUGGAACCAUUUGGAUUUCGUAUUUGGAAAUGACGCUCCCUCAGUUAUAUACACGAAGAUAUUGGAAAUACUUUCCACCUUCUAAAUAAUCUUUGUAUAUUACAUGAAUUGGAAGUAAAGUUUUUGUCGAG